CGCUUUCAGUCAUUUGAAAGCAAGCGAACGAACGAAUAACACGACCAAAGCGACUAAAGCUUUAACAAAGCGUUUUAUACAAAGUGUUUACAAGUGAAUUUGAAUAGAAGCAAAGUAAAUCAGACAAAAUGGUGAAAUCUCCAGCAGUUGGUAUCGACUUGGGAACCACUUACUCCUGCGUCGGAGUUUGGCAACACGGAAAAGUCGAGAUCAUCGCCAACGACCAAGGUAACAGAACUACUCCAAGUUAUGUUGCCUUCACCGACACCGAGCGUCUUCUCGGAGACGCUGCGAAGAAUCAAGUUGCCAUGAAUCCCAGCAACACCAUCUUCGACGCGAAACGAUUAAUUGGAAGAAAAUACGACGAUCCGAAAAUCCAACAAGACAUCAAACACUGGCCGUUUAAAGUCAUCAAUGAUUGCGGCAAACCGAAAAUCCAAGUCGAGUACAAAGGCGAAAUUAAGAAGUUUGCACCGGAAGAAAUCAGUUCAAUGGUUUUGACGAAAAUGAAGGAAACUGCAGAAGCUUAUUUGGGAACAUCAAUAAGGGAUGCUGUCAUCACAGUACCAGCCUACUUCAACGACUCCCAGAGACAAGCCACGAAAGAUGCCGGUGUUAUCGCCGGUUUGAACGUCAUGAGGAUCAUCAACGAACCAACAGCAGCGGCCCUGGCUUAUGGUCUUGAUAAGAACUUGAAGGGUGAAAGAAACGUCCUCAUCUUCGACUUGGGCGGCGGCACUUUCGAUGUUUCCAUCUUGACAAUCGACGAAGGGUCGUUGUUCGAAGUUAAAGCUACUGCAGGUGAUACUCACCUCGGUGGUGAAGACUUCGACAACAGACUCGUUACCCACUUCGCCGAUGAAUUCAAACGUAAAUACAAGAAAGAUUUGAGAAGCAACCCGAGGGCGUUAAGAAGACUCAGAACCGCUGCUGAAAGGGCGAAACGAACACUUUCAUCUAGCACUGAAGCUUCCAUCGAGAUCGAUGCCCUCUUCGACGGUAUCGACUUCUACACCAAAAUCAGUAGAGCAAGAUUCGAAGAACUGAACGCCGAUCUGUUCAGAGGAACAUUACAACCGGUCGAAAAAGCCCUAACAGACGCCAAAAUGGACAAGGGAAUGAUUCACGACAUCGUCCUCGUCGGUGGUUCGACUCGAAUCCCGAAAAUUCAACAACUACUCCAGAACUAUUUCAACGGAAAAUCACUGAAUCUCUCAAUUAACCCAGAUGAGGCCGUCGCCUACGGUGCAGCUGUCCAGGCAGCUGUCCUAAGUGGAGAAACCGACUCAAAGAUUCAAGACGUCCUUCUAGUCGAUGUCACACCAUUGUCUCUGGGUAUUGAAACCGCCGGAGGAGUAAUGACGAAAAUCAUCGAGCGAAACGCAAGAAUUCCUUGCAAACAAACCCAGACAUUCACCACCUAUUCCGAUAACCAACCCGCCGUCACCAUCCAGGUCUUCGAAGGCGAGAGGGCAAUGACCAAAGAUAACAACCUUCUGGGAACCUUCGAUCUGACAGGCAUUCCACCAGCGCCCCGCGGAGUCCCGAAAAUUGAAGUCACUUUCGAUCUUGACGCCAAUGGCAUCCUCAACGUCUCCGCUAAAGAUACCAGCUCCGGCAAUUCUCGCAAUAUUACCAUCAAAAACGACAAAGGCAGACUGUCCCAGAAAGACAUCGACAGGAUGGUCUCAGAGGCUGAACAAUACAAAGAAGAGGAUGAGAAACAGAGACAGAGAAUUGCCGCUAGGAAUCAACUAGAAGGUUACAUCUUCCAGUUAAAACAGACUAUCUCUGAACAAGGAAGCAAAUUAAGCGAAUCCGACAGACAAACUGUAACAAAAGAAUGCGACACCUGUUUACAAUGGUUGGAUGCAAAUACUCUCGCCGAGAAGGAAGAAUAUGAAGAUAGACAGAAACAAUUAUCGUCCAUCUGUGCUCCCAUUAUGGCUAAACUGUAUCAACAAGGCGGCCAGGGUGGUAUGCCAGGGACUGGAGGAAGUUGUGGACAACAGGCCGGCGGUUUUGGAGGUCAACGACAAGGAGGACCAACGAUCGAAGAAGUUGACUAAGCAUUCCUUCGGAAUUGUUAACUUUAAUUUCUUAAGAAUCCUGAUUUUUCUCCUUUCUUUAGUAUUACUUUAAUGCAGUCACUAUUGAAAUAAUGUGAUGUGUAAUGUGAUUUUAUGUAACAUUUCUGUUAAUUGUAAAGACUGAUUUCUUCUUGUAUUAUUUAACAUCUCAAUAAAUCUUUAAUUUUUUAAGAA